AACUAACGAAUUUAAGUGAUGCAAUUACCAUUAUUAUAUUACAAUCGUUACAAUUAAUAGUUUUUUAAUUUCAUGUUGUUACUUGAAAAAUACAAAAACAAAAUUAAUAAGUAUAUUUGAGUUUGCAAGUAUUCCGUUCAUGUGUAAAAUAAGAUUUUUUUUUAUGAUAUUCAUAUGAUUGAUAACUUACAUAGACUUCAAAUGGUAAUUAAUAUGAUCGUUUCGUGGUUAUGCAUCGCUUUAAUGUUGUUUUUGAAUUUUGGAUCGUUUGCGUCGAAAGUGAAAAUUGAAAAUGGAAUGAUAAGAGGACAAACGCUGCGAUCCAGAGACGGUCGAGUUUAUUUGUCUUUUACCGGUAUACCAUACGCAAAGCCACCAGUCGGUGAAUUAAGAUUUAAGGCUCCGGAACCAGCCAACCCGUGGGACCAUGUAUUGGACGCUACGCAAGUGCCAAAAAUAUGUGUCCAACUUGAUGCAGACGUAAGCGACGAAGACUGUUUGUACUUGAACGUGUACACUCCGAAGACAGGCAAAAAGAAGUUGCCGGUUAUGUUUUGGAUUCACGGGGGAGGAUAUCAAACGGGGCAUGGUGGUCCUUCGUUAUUCGGGCCGGAGUAUUUUAUGGACAAAGACGUGGUGAUAGUAACAGUGAACUACAGAAUUGGUGCACUAGGAUUCUUAAGUUUCGAAGACGAGGUAUUGCCGGGCAACUACGGAAUGAAAGACCAAGUAAUGGCCUUGAGAUGGGUAAAAGACAACAUUCGUUGGUUUAACGGCGACCCUAGUCAAGUGACGAUUUUCGGCGGCAGUGCUGGAGGCAGUUGUUCGGGCUUGCACUUGUUGUCGCCGAUGAGCAAAGGUCUCUUCCAUAAAGCUAUACUCCAAAGCGGAUCGCCACUAUGUCCGUGGGCCGUGGCCCCGCCUGGAAAAAUGCGCGAGUAUACUCAAGCUCUAACCACAAUCACAGGAUGUCAACACAACAGUUCAGCAGAAAUCUUGCAGUGUCUCAGAAAUCUACCGGCCAGUGAUUUUAUUCAAUCUCAGCUAAAACUUUUGGGUUGGAAAAGUUUCCCUUUGAUAAUUUUUAGUCCUGUGGCGGAACGAUGUAAUUCGAAACAGCAACAGUUUCUUUGUCAUCAUCCGUUGGAAAAAUUAGAAAUCGUAUCUCCCGUGCCUGUCAUCGUCGGCUUAAACACCCACGAAGGGGGGUUGGUAGCUACUUCAUUGUAUAAUCACACGUCCAUGUUGUAUCCCGAACUGGAGAGCGAUUUCAACAGGUUAUUAUCGACGAUGGUUUUCUUCAAUGGUUACACCACACUGAAAGGUGUUGAGGAAAUCGGCAAACGCGUUAAGGACCGUUAUUUUUUAUCCGGAAAAUUGGAAGACAACUCUCAUUCUCAGGCGGUCGAAAUGUUUGGUGACGCUAUCUUUAAUCAUUGUGUGAUGGAUAUGGCUUUAAGAUGGUCGUCGCCGUUAUACUUCUAUCAGUACGGUUAUCAAAAUGAAUUUUCCUACAACACGCUGUACGGAAGUUGCGGCAGACCUUUGGGGGUCACCCACGGUGACGAGCUGAAUAGUUUGUUCAAGGGAGAUGCACUGAAUCCCAAAGAUCUCAACGAACAAGACACUAAAGUGUCAAGGUUGAUGAUUAACAUUUGGACCCGAUUCGCUACUAUCCGUGAACCGACUAUCGAUGGGACAGAAAGCGGACCUCUCUGGCCGGUUUUCAAUGCACACCAAGACACGCUACUUCGUGUGGCUUCAGAUAAACCUAUCUUGACAAGAAAUCCCGCACUAAAAGACAUGUAUGAUUUCUGGAAAAGUCUACCGCUUUUACGUCGGUUAAACAUAAGCGAUAAGUCUAAAAUAUACGGCGAUUCAUUGGAAAUACAGACCAAAAAAGGAACUCUGAAGGGACAACAGUUGACAUCACGAGAUGGACGGCUGUACAACGCGUUUACCGGCAUCCCUUAUGCAAAGCCGCCUGUCGGUGCACUCCGAUUUAUGGCUCCGGAAGAAGCUGAGCCUUGGAAUGAUACGUUGGACGCUACGGUCGAAGCCAAUGCGUGUAUUCAAAAAAAACUACCCAACAGCCAAGAAGACUGUUUAUAUUUGAACGUUUACACGCCUAAGGUUGAAGGGUCGACGCCAGUAAUGUUUUGGAUUCACGGUGGAGCUUUCUCCUCGGGUAGUGGUAGUAUGGACAUGUUCGGGCCGGAUUACUUUAUGGACAAAGACGUGGUAAUAGUAACCAUAAACUACCGGCUAGGCGUCUUAGGUUAUAUGAGUACCGAAGACGACGUAAUCCCGGGAAACUUCGGAAUGAAAGACCAAGUAAUGGCGUUGCGAUGGGUCCAAGAAAAUAUAGCCCAGUUCGGUGGAGAUCCUAAUCAAGUGACAAUUUUCGGCGCAAGUACCGGUGGAGUUUCGGUGGGCUAUCACUUAUUAUCGCCGAUGAGCAAAGGUCUAUUUAACAAGGCCAUAAUGCAAAGCGGAAAUCCACUAUGUCUUUUUGGUGCGACCAUGCCUGGCCUGGCACGUCAAAGGGCAGAGACUGUAUUGAAAAAAGCACAAUGUGACGCACACAACGCCGAAGAUACGUUAAGGUGUCUUCGAAAACUUCCGGCUAAUUUCUUUACCGAAGUUGCGCAAACGUUUAGAGAAUUUCGCCAUUAUCCGACUACAGUGUUCACGCCUGUUUCCGAAAGAUGUGAUUCAGACGGUAAUGCGUUUUUAUGUCGCCAUCAAAUGUUAGAUUUUAAACAAGAAUCGUUUGUGCCGGUUUUAAUGGGUUAUAACUCUGGUGAAGGUGGAAUGAUCGCUGCAGACAUAUACAACGAGACUUCAGUAAUGUAUCAGGAAAUUCAAAAGAAUUUUAGUAAUUUAAAUUCUGUCAUGAUGAAUUAUAAGCAAUAUACAGAACAUCAGGAUUUGGAAGUUAUCGGCCAACGGUUGCUGAAGCAUUAUUAUCCAAAUGGAAAAAUAGAGGACCACACCCACUCACACACUGUAGAAAUGGUGACUGACGGAAGUUUUCUCCGAUGCCAUCAUUCAAUGGCCAAUCAAUUGGCAUCACCGGUGUAUUUUUAUAUGUAUAGUUAUCAAAAUGAAUUUUCAUUCAAUAAACUAUACGGAGAAUGUAGAAAAUCAUUGGGAGUCACGCACGGUGAUGAACUUAACAGUUUAUUCAAAAUGAAAAAACUGAAUUCAACCCCAUUAAACAAACGUGACAGCCAAGUGUCGAGGCUGAUGAUCGAUAUUUGGACCAAGUUUGCUUCAUCCAGCGAGCCUACUGUUGACGGAACAAACAACACUUCAGUCUGGCCGAUAUUCCAUUCGACUAAAAAGAAAAAGUUACUUUUAAUCGAUUCGGACAAACCGAAAUUGAUUGAAAAUAGUUUUGAAAAUAAAUAUAAUUUUUGGAAUACACUUCCGAUACUUAACAAACUUCGAAAAGAAAAUCUCUCAUCAGUCAAAAAAAUUGAACUUUAAUUAUGAACGUAGUUGUUGUAUACAUUUUUAAUUGUACAAUAUUGUAAACCCCAGGGUGACGUGUAUAAUAUUUAAUUCCAGUGGUUGAAUAGGUAUCUAUGUAUUUGCUAUUUAUUAGGUAUAUAAUAAAUAAGUAUAUAGUACAGUUUAUUUAUUA